CGGGAAAGGGUUUGGGAGUUAAAGAGUGAGACACCUCUUUUGUGCAGACCGAGAAUUGAUGACCACAUCCUCUCCCGCUCUCUUAUCUUCCACCUCCACCCCUGACAAAUUUUUUUUUUUUAAUAUCAUCUUCCGUUUCAUUCUCCACCAUUAGCUACUCCCGAAUUUUACGAGCUCGCAGCUCACUGUUCGUGAGAAAUUAUAAAGUGCGCAGGAAUAUGGAAUUUGAGGAGCAGGAUCAGGAGCACGAAGAGGCGGAGGAAGAAAUGGGGAUUCCCGUGCCCCCGCCGAGUUACGACUCAGUUCGGUCAAAAAGGGGCGCUGCCUUCGGAGCCGAGGGAGGCUCAUCCGGCCUGACCAGGGCUAGGAAAGGCGGUCCUACUGGAACGGUCAGGUACAGGGAGUGUCAAAAGAAUCACGCCGUCAGCAUCGGUGGCCACGCCGUUGACGGUUGUGGUGAGUUUCUGGCUGCGGGAGAGGAAGGCACACUCGACGCUCUCAAAUGCGCCGCCUGCAACUGUCACCGCAACUUCCACCGCAAGGAGAUCGAGGGGGAAACUAGCUCCUUUCACCUGCAACAGCCGCACAACCCCCAGUACCACCAUCAAUUUCCCCCUUAUUACCGGGGGCCGCCGCCGCCGCCAGGAACAGGAUACCUGCAUCACCAUCUGACAAAUCCGGCGAUGGUACAUCACCGCCCUUUGGCUCUACCAGCAGCGGCAUCCGGCGGGGGACCGAAUAGAGAAGAGGAAGACAUGUCGAAUCCGAGCAGCAGCGGUGGAGGCGGGGGUUUCGGUGGUGGAGGGAGCGGCAGCGAAAGGAAGAAAAGGUUUAGAACGAAGUUCACGCAGGAGCAGAAGGAGAAGAUGCUGGCAUUUUCGGAAAAGGUGGGGUGGAGAAUCCAGAAGCAUGACGAGCCGGCGGUGGAGCAAUUCUGUGCGGAGACUGGCGUCAAGAGACAGGUACUUAAGGUUUGGAUGCAUAACAAUAAAAACACUCUCGUGUACAACACCCUUGAUGAGCUUGAGCUAGGUGCAAGCAUCAUAGGAGGCAUCUGGUUCAGAAUAACAGGAAGCGAGGUUAAUUGCGACAUUUCAGGGAAGAGAGACAAAAAAGAGCGAGUAGGAAGUAAUGGAAGAAAGAAUGAAGAUGGUGGUGAUCUCAUGUGAUAAUGGAUGCAGGCAGAUGAAUCCAUGGGAAUUCAACGUGCAUAGCAUGCAAGUGCAAAGCUGUUCCAUUUCGGCUGUGUUUAUUCACAUCUGUCAUCUUUUCCCGCUUUUCCUCCGAGCCCUCUCACCGCUGGGAGAGUAGUUUCUCCUUUUCUUCUUCUCCUUUUUUCUCCACUUCCCUAAUCUUUAUCCUUCAUUUAUUUUAUAAUUUAAAAAAAUUGUUUAAUAAAAUGAUAACGAAUGGUAAAGAUUUGAGAAAUGGAGGAAAAGGAGGGAAGGAGAAGGAGACACCCUCCCCCCACCGCUUCACUUCCCCCUCAUUUCUCUCUCUUAUUAAACUCGCAACCUUCUUCUUUGCAUUCUAGAUGCUCUCCACGCACGUCACCAGAAAAUAUAUCAUCACUCACUACAUCUUCAAAUCAGAUCCUACCUAAGUACCCAUAUUCUGUGAUUAUUUACUCCCCUCUAAAAUACUUUACCUCGGUAAAUAUUGGGGGGAGAGAGAGAGAGGGAUGUGAAAAUUCCGAGUAGGACCAUCGGAGUAUGACUUUCUCCAACAUCUAUCUGAUGAGAUCAUCUCCUCUCAACUUUAUUCUAUAAAAUUCUUGAAGAUUAUCGGAGCAUCCCGAUCUCACAUGUUGUGCGUGACAUCGGGCCAUGUAUUCUCCCACGUUGCACCAUUUGAAUGCUCAUUCUCGACACUUGGGUGAACAAGACACCUGGUCCUCCAUUAAUUGUUCUAUUCUAUGCACGAACUUUCAAUAAAUUUAUACUUUUUUCA